AGGAAAAUCAGCGAGCACCACCCAGACAUGCAUAACGCUGAAAUCAGUAAGAGACUUGGAAAACGAUGGAAAAUGCUUAUCGAAGACGAAAAACACCCAUACGUCGAGGAAGCCGAGCGACUAAGGUUGUUACAUAUGCAGGAGUAUCCUGACUAUAAAUACCGACCACGCAAGAAGGCGAAGCCCAGCAAACCAGAGUCUAACAGCCGGAGCCAUAGCUCUAAACACAAGAGCCACCAUUCCAAACACAAGACAUUCAAACUGACCCAGACUUCCAGCGGCGGCCGAGACAGACUACCAAAACUUAAGCUUACCAGGGAAAGCAUCAAGGCGAGCAGGUCCGUGGAGUUACCGGUAACUCAACGCACACCGCCAGCAAAGGUGCCAUCCAGUCCUACCGUCGUUGUACCCGAGUCAUCGCCCGACACGCUGAGUUUUUACGAAGAUGUUGAAAAAUCGCACACCACAAGUGAGCACCAGUUCAGGAAACUUGACACUGUUCCAUCCACAACCGGUAUUAAAUGUGAACCAGUCGUCCAUCAAACAACGACGAACACUGUGACGCCAGUGAUAACGGAGGACGACUUCCCGUUCCCUCCAAACUGGCCUGCAUUCGAACUAUCGAGCCUUAAUUUGGGCAACCUUACGCAAGAUCUGAGCCCUUUCACAUCGGACUCGUGUAGCAGUUCAGGAACACACUUUGAAUUUCCGGACUAUACCACCCCAGAAGUAAGUGAAAUGAUUGAAGGGGACUGGCUUGAGUCGAGUAUAGCGUCUCUUGUAACCAAUUGAAACACUAUCCUGGCCAUUGCCAGCUGACACAUUGAACUUAAAAACACUAUAGUA